GUGUUCAGUGAAGGUUAUUUGACCUUUUUUUCUGACAUUGUUGAGUCAGUCUUGACUGAAACCUCACAAGACAACAGCUCAAAAGAGAUUGGCGCUGCUGAAAGGGGAAACAUUUUGACUUUCAGCACUGGUGUUGCCAAAGAGGAAUGUUCUAAUGAUGGAGGUCUUGCAUAACUAGCAUGGACCACAAGUUUUUCUUGCUUAAACAAAGUCUUCAGUGAAUAAAAGAACUUGAAACCAGCUGAAUGGCGCGGUGCUUCUGUCGCUGGCGUAGUGUUGUCAUCUGUAUUUGCACCCCAUGCAUCUGUAUGUUCCUAUUCUUCAUGUAUGUUGGAAUACUUGUGACAAUGAAGAUGCAACCCGACACUUCAGGAACUCCAAGUGUUAUUGUGUCCAAGCCACUACCUCGUCACUUUGUGGCCUCAGGACUUACCCGCAGUAACAGUUCAGCACCAUUGCCUGUAACCUUCUGGGAUAUUGACAAGAAACAGGAUGCACUUUGGAACCUGCUUCAGUUCAAAGUUGAUUCCCAUUUCAACCCCAUUCUGAAUCCCUACAUCACCAAGCAGAGACAUGCUAGUGACAUCUCUGAGUCUGUGCUCAUGCAAAGUUUCUUAGAGGUUAGUGACCCAGAGAAUGUGAUGCACAACGUUAGCAAAUUACCACAGCAGUUGCAAGACUUUGUGAGGUACAUGAACAAGAGGGAAUACCCAGUGAUCAUUGAACCCAAUGGAGUGUGUGGCGCGGGGGCAAAGCAUGAGAAGGAGCCCCCUCUGUUACUCAUGGCUAUCAAGUCAACAGAGCUGAACUUUAAGAACCGACAGGCCAUUCGGCAGACGUGGGGCCAGGCAGGAUGGGUGGCAGGGCAGAACAGGGUCAGGGAUGAUGGAGGUGAAGGAAAACGUGGAGCGUACGUCCGGAGGGUGUUUCUGCUCGCCAAAGAAAGCAUUGAUGAGCUCGGCGUGGACGUAUCUCAGUUACUACUUUUGGAGAGUCAGCGUUAUGGAGACAUUCUGCAGUGGGACUUCAAGGAAACAUUCUUCAACCUCACACUGAAGGAUGUGCUCUUCUGGGACUGGUUCAACCACCACUGCAAACAAAUUCAGUUCAUCUUCAAGGGGGACGACGACGUCUUUGUCAACUCACCUGUAAUGAUAAACUACCUCCUGGACCAGCUGAGGAAGCCACAAAAACAUGCGGCAAUAAUGGACUUCAUGGUCGGGGAGGUCAUAGGAGCAGCCAAACCCAACAAUAUCAACACGUCUAAGUACUUUAUCCCAAAAACAUUCUACAAAGGCCUCUAUCCUAUAUACGCAGGUGGUGGUGGGGUGGUGUACUCAGGUAUUCUGGCCAGACGCCUACAUAAUAUUUCUAAAAGGGUUCACCUGUUCCCAAUUGAUGAUGUGUAUGUGGGGAUGUGCAUGAUUCGACUCAACGCCGCCCCCAUCCAUCACCCAGCAUUCCUAACCUUUGACUUCCCAAAAAAGGAAGAGAAGGAACAAUGCGCUUACCACAAAAUCUUAUUGGUCCACAAGCGAAGCCCUGCUGAACUGGUCCAUCUGUGGACAGAGAGGAAAAGGACUGAAGCACAGUGUUGGAACGUCACCCUACGAGUGGAUAAAAAACAAAAAACAAAGACACUGAUAAAAUAACAAAAAAACUAGAAAUCAGCUGUAGUUUACACCACAGAUCAAAGCCGUAUUACCAUUACGGCAUUUAAGCCUUUGAGCCUUUACCAUAAAUGACACUAUAUAGUUCACUUUGUAUUUAUUACCUUCAUUUGUGUAUUUUAUGUAGUCAGGUUAUAUUUAGUGAUACACCAAUUGAUGUGAAAACAACGUACAGCUCCAUUAGCGUACAGGAGCAGGACCACAGUAUUUUUUAUAUGUAGUUUAAUUAAAAUUGAGAUAUUUUUAGAUGUAUAUAGGGCUGAAGUCCUACCCCUUCUGCUGUGUCUCUUGGACCUGAAGUCAGAAAAAAUAUGAACAGUAGUGGAUGGGAGAGACAAUACAACUACUACUACUACUACUACUACUACUAAUAAUAAUAAUAAUGAUAAUGAGAAGAAGAAGAAGAAGAAGAAGAAGAAGAAGAAGAAGAAGAAGAAGAAGAAGAAGAAGAAGAAGAAGGUUUAAAAUUUAUUUGACUGGGCAUUAUUACACUAAUAUAAAAAAAAGUGUGCAACUAAUGCAAUGUAUAUAGCACUGUGGCUAAUGUAGCUAAUUUGAGAUCCUAAAAAUUGUCUCUCUUGUCAAUGUUGUCAUUGACUGCAAUAGAAUAUUAUAUAUAUUUUUUUAUUUUUUUAUUUUAUUUUGUCUGAAAUAAGGUCCCAUUGGGCAGAACCAUGGCUCACUACACACCACAGCUCCUCAUUAGAAGGUCUAUCCAAUUGAUUGGUUGACCCCCAUUACUUUUCAAACACAAUAUUUAAUGGACGGGUUAUUAUCAUAAAAUUUGGACAAAGGUUCAUGUGGGCUCAACAAUGAAUUCAACGCAUUUUUUGAUCAAUCAAUCACGCAAUCAAAUUUGAUUUAUUGUCAAAUCAAGACAUAUGGCACUUUACAUUUAGAGGUGGUGUUUUUGGGCCCAAAUGUUAUUGUGACUUCACAAAACAUAUUUUUUUAACACAAUAACUAAUAAUUUCCAGACAUCCAUGAACAGAUUAUAAUGUAAUGAUGUUUUGUGGUUCUCAUUUAUAUAUGACCUUAAAUUUAAUCUAGUCCACCUUUUAACAUAUUCUUGUCUCUAUCCAAUGAUGCCCAUACAUGAUGUCCACUGUAGUGUAUCCUGUAGUUCAGCAGACUUUACAAUUGUAACUGAAAUGAAGGGAAAAUGAUGACCAAAACUAAGACCACUACAGUACGGAACAGAGAAUGGUCAACAGUUAUGUAGAAAUGUAGAAGUUCUUUAAAGAAGUACACAAAAAUGUACAUUUCUGUUUUUGUGUUCACAAUGUAUGUAGAACCUGUAUUAGAUAUGCACAUUUUCAUUGAGUUUAAGUAAGUAGUGGUUGAACACUGUUAUAAAGUGAAUAUAAUACGAUGAGUUGACUGUUAAAUGUGAAAAAUCCGCCUUUCACUCCUUGUAGACUCACUUUGUGUAACUGGACUGAGAACCUGUUGUUGUACAAGUAUCAGUUCAGUUGUAAAUUCAGUCUUGUACAGAAUGUGAAAUUUCUUCCUGUGAAUAAGCCAUUUAUAUACUCUGUGCCACUUCCUCAUAGUCUGAGUCUUUCAACAUUUCCUUCUUUGCUCAUGCAACUCUUACAGAAUCCAGACACGCAACACAAACAGUCCGAGAGCCUUCGUCAGUCUGACUUGAUGCAGAUUCGACAUGGCAGAACCAAACACCAAAAAAUAUUCAGUGAUGCAUCAGAAAACCCAUGACAAAUCUAGGGUUCAAGGUGUGGUUUCCAUUAAAACAUAAGAAGAACAACCUGAAUUGACUUCGAGAAGUGGCUCAGAGUUCUUGAUUCAUCCUGUAGGAACGCUGACACCAUUGUUUUUUUUCCUCUGUAAUUCCAUGACUAAACUGAGCUGUUAAUAUUGACGAAUUGACUGUAUUUAAUUGUAUUUUAACAACAAUCUUAAUCUUAAAUUGGAUCUAAAUAUUAAAAUACAUUGACACUAUGUGCAAUCACUGCCCUUAGUCUUUUUAAUGGCUGGUGUUACUGUUAAAAUGAUGAGCUGCAUAUGCUGAGUCCAGUUGAAUCAGUGAGUUCUUACAUGAAAAACCAAGUACUGAAAACUGAACACCAUGGACCAGAUGGAACCAAACGGAACAAAAGCACACUCGUAUAUUAUUAACUUAUACUGAUAUUAUUAGCUCAAUGUCAUUAAUCAUUCAGCUAAUGAUAUUUACCAUCGAAUUUUUAUUAUGACGAAGGAAAUUUUUGUAUGUAUAAACUUUUGAUAAUAAAAGACUGAA